UUGAAAGUGUUUUUUUGUCGUAAAUAUGCCACAAUUCAAUUAGACUGUAUUUCACACACCCCUCUAAUCACAAUGGUUUUUUCCAUCAUGGAUACCAUUCACUGACGUUUAUUCAGACACUGCCAGCAGGUCUCUACCACACAGCAUCAUGAGUGAAUUAAAGGACUGCCCCCCUCUGAAAUACUACGACUUCAAGCCCGUCGAGCACGUGAAGGUGUGUCCCCGCUACACGGCUGUGCUCGGCCGCUCAGAGGACGAUGGCAUCGGCAUUGAGGAGCUGGACACCCUGCAGCUGGAGCUGGAGACGCUCCUGUCCUCAGCCAGCCGCCGCCUCCGGGCCCUGGAGGAGCAGAGACAGAUCCUCACAGACUGGCAGGACAAGAAGGGGGAUAAGCGCUUUCUGAAGCUGGGGAAAGACCCAGACCCCGCUGCCUCCUCCCGCCACAAACCAAAGAAGCAGAAGUUGGAUGGCAAAGGCAGUCACGGGCCAGGUCCGGGUCCUGGCAGACCCAAAUCCAAGAAUCUACAGCCUAAAGUCCAAGAGUAUGAAUUCACAGACGAUCCACAAGACAUUCCCCGAACUCCUAAAAAUGAUGCACCCAACAGAUUUUGGGCAUCAGUCGAGCCAUAUUGUGCUGAUAUCACAAAUGAAGAGAUACGAUUGUUGGAGGAGCUUCUGAAACCCCCGGAGGAUGAAGCAGAGUAUUUCAAAACUCCAGCUCUGGGGAAGCACUACUCUCAGCGGUGGGCUCAGGAGGAUCUGCUGGAGGAGCAGAGGGAAGGAGCACGAGCCAAUGACAAGAAGAAGAACCUCAUGGGGGGCCCGCUGUCUGAGCUGGAUGCAAAAGAUGUGGACUCCCUGUUGAAAAAGUCAGAGUCCCAACAUGAAUCUCCAGAAGAUGGAUGUCCCUUCGGUCCCCUCACACAGCGUCUGCUCCAGGCCCUUGUAGAGGAGAAUAUUAUAUCCCCCAUGGAGGAUUCUCCUAUACCCGACAUUUCAGGGAAGGACGGUAAUGACGGCGCUGGAACUUCUCCUCGAAGCCAAGGAAAAGCUUUUAGUGUUCCUCACACACGUUCUCUGGAGGCUCGGAUCAAAGAGGAGCUGGUGGCUCAGGGUCUGCUGGACUCCGAGGAGAGACCUGGACCUGGAGGAGACUCUGAGGACGAGGUCCUGGCAGAGCUGCAGAAGAGACAAGCGGAGCUCAAAGCCCUGAGUGCUCACAACAGAGCCCGUAAGCAGGAGCUGCUCCGGUUGGCGAAAGAGGAGAUGCGCAAGCAGGAGCUGAGGCAGAGAGUCAGGGUGUCUGACAACGAGGUCAUGGAGGGAUUCCGACGUAUCAUGGCAGCCAGGCAGAAGAAACGCACUCCGACCAAGAAGGAAAAGGACCAGGCCUGGAAAGCACUGAAGGAGAGGGAAAGCAUCCUCAAGUUACUGGAUGGGUAGUGGAAGAAACAGUUUGUGUCUGGUUUUUAUCCAGAUAAAAACACUGUAAGAAAGAAGAUUGACACAGUCAGCUGUUACAUGGUCAGUGAACAGCUGUAUCUAUGAUGGUGUAUGAUACCGUUUUUAGACAUUUCUGUAGUAGUUUUAUGUCUGUACAGCAGAAAUCUCAUUUGUUCAGUAACAUUUAGUAUGUAUUAGACUGUUUUGCUUUUUUUGUUGAUUUUU